AUGUUCACACUACAAACUGACAUUCAUCUUAUAAACUUACAUUACGAGACUACGGCUACAAGGCGUUGUGACAUCCAAUUAACCGAUUCCCAAGAUGCUCGGAUACAAGAUGUAUUACAAGAGUUCAAAGAAUUACUACGCAAAGACUCGGACAAGCCCUUGGUUACUACCAAAAUGGAAUUCACCAUCGACACGGGAGACCAUCCUCCCAUCUACAUUCGACCAAGACAUUACCAUCCUGACAUACAAUUGAAGAUCGACGCCAAGCUCUCUGAACUGGAACGCAAUGGAAUUGUUAGUAAAGUCAACUUCACGGAUUGGGGCUUCCCAGUAACAGCGGUCCCUAAGCCAAACGGCUCUCUUCGCAUAUGCGGACACUACGUCAAAAUAAAUGCGAUCACAAAGACUAUCAAGUAUCCACUUAUCAGCCUCCAUCAUGCACUUCAGUCUCUGGGCAAUGCAAAAUAUUUUUCAAAAAUAGAUCUCCUGUCAGGCUACUUUCAGAUUCCCAUUGCUGCUGCUGACAAGCCCAAGAGAGCCCUGGUAACACCUAACUCUACAUACGUUUUUAACACGAUGGCCAUGGGGGUGAAAAAUGCCCCAGCACACUUUCAAUUAUUAAUGGAUCAGGUACUCGGGGACAUGAGAUACAGAACUGCUAUCGCUUAUCAAGAUGACACCAUUCUGUUCUCUGAUACCUUUGACAAUCAUGUGCUCCAGUUACGCAAACUCCUAACGAGACUGAGGGAAGCCGAUUUGACCAUCAACAUUGAAAAGUGCCAAUUUGGGCUAAAUCAAAUCAUUGUCUCUGAUCAGGGUGUCCAUGAUGACAUGGAUAAAGCUACACCUAUCAAUAAUCUACGGGCUCCCACAAAUAUAAAAGAGGUUGAAAGGUUGUUACUCGGCAUGGCAGGAGUGUAUUCCAAGUUUAUAUCCAAGUAUCAAGUAAUGGUGGAACCAAUUCGACGCUUGAAGAUCAAAGAUGUACCAUUCGCUUGGGAAUCUGAACAGGAGCACGCGUUUCAAGAACUCAAAAGGUCUCUCGCUGCAUUACCUUACUUGAAACAAUUCAAUUUCAAACUUCCAUCCGAGCUGCAUUGCGAUGCUGCCACCUCAUCAGGCAUUGCUGUCAUACUCUGCCAACGGUACGAUGACACACCUUACCCUCUCUCCUUCGCAUCCCGCAGUGUCACGAAGUUUGAAAAAAACUACUCCAUCCGUGAAUUGGAAGCUUUGGCCAUCAUCUUUGGGGUUAAGAAAUUUAGGAUGUAUCUUGAAUGCAACCAAUUUACCGUAUUCACUGAUCAUUCAUCCCUCCAGUGGUUUCUUAAUACCGAUGCGGACAAACAACCCAGACUUUGGCGAUGGUGCCUCUUUCUACAGACUUAUGAUUUCAAGGUUAUAUACGUACCAGGAAAUGUGAACCAUGCUGCGGAUACACUAUCUCGUGCUGCGAUUCUUGCAAUUGCCUCUUAUCAUCCGGACAUCAAUUGGGCCAAGGAACAAAGACUGGAACCCAUGUUACGACCAUACUUUAACAACACGAAUGUCAAGUACACCAAGCAUAAAAUCGUUGAUGGCAUACUAUACAAGGUAGAAAACAAACAGCACAAGACCAUAGCCACAGACAUGUACAUAAGGGUACCUAGCCAUCUGGUAGCGGAUCUGAUCAGCAAACAUCAUGACUCCAAGUUUGCAGGACAUGGCGGUAUCGCCAAAACCAAGGCUUCCUUGGUAAAAGCGCACCUGUACUGGAUCAACAUGACUCAUGAUAUCAAUGCCUAUAUUCAGAAGUGUCAAAUUUGUCAAAGAAUCAAGGGACAUGUUGCUGCUAAUCAUAAUAUGGCCACUAUCCAUGGAACAGCUCCGUUCAUCAAGGUCGCAAUCGACUACUACUUUGGUCCUCUGCCAACGUCAAGCGCGGGACAUCAAUGCGUUUUGGUAGUUAUAGACACAUUCACAAAAUAUGUAGAACUAUAUCCUACCAGGUCAACAGCAUCACAAGAAUUGGCUUCCAUCAUGUACACACAGUUUAUAUUGCGACAUGGCGUUCCCAACGAAAUAAUCAUGUGUGAUAACGGAAACAGCCUUGGAUCAUAA